GAUUAAAUAAGGAUUGGCUCUGGCUCAUUCAUUCAUGGAGAAAUUCAGAAAAAUUGCAGAGAUUAGGGUUUAGGUGAAAUUGGGGGAGAAUGACUGAUUUUGCGAUUUUGAUUCCGAAGAUUGGAGAUGAACCGCCGCAGCGUAAACGGAAAUCGGAAUUUCCAGGGAGCUCAUCCUCAGCAGCUCCGAUCCAUAAGGUUGAGUGCGAUUCCUGGGACGACGAAGAUUAUAUUGACCCUGCGGUCGAGAAGGAGUACUGGCGACAAGUUCUAGAGUCUGACGGUUUCGAUGUUGAUCGCUUUGCUCUUCCGGAUGGUGGAAUUUAUCCCUACAUAUUCAGGGAUAAGUAUGACUAUCCAUACGACAUCGCCCUUUUUAGUAGACUGGGACUUCACUGUUACAAUCUUCAAAAGGGAACCAACCUCAGAUUGAUUGCUAUAAACAAAUACAACGACGAGAUGCUUGGUAGGUUGUUCCAGUACUACAUAACAUUAGAGGCCAUGGACACAUCCAACAACUCACUUUGCAAUUUUCAGACUUGUGUUUGCCAAGAUUUUACUCCCAAAGACUCAUCCUUUAUGGUGCAGACCGAACUUUCCAGACUAAAAGUUCCUGCUGGCCCUCGGACUACUUUUAUUGGGCCUCAGAGGAGGUGGAAAGAUGAUGCAGUUGAUGAUUCUUACAAAGGUAAAUUGCCCAGCUGGUUGACUGAGCAAGAGCUCAGCAAUAAGAGGGGGCAGUUUUAUGAGUUGCAAGAAUCAGACUGGCAAGGAAAUGAGUGGCUUCAUAUGUACGCUGAGUUUGCAUUAUACUCCAAGUUUUUUGCAUAUGGGAAUGACCUGAGGCAUUUUCUACCACUUGAGAUGAAGAAGAUAAUUGUACAAACUCAAGAAAACAGAGAAGCAUCACCGCAUAUGAUUCUGAAGGCCAACAAUGCGAUCUUCUACAUAAGUUUCAAGGGAAAUGGCGAUCCGAGUGGUACACCUAUGGAGUACCAAGCGAUUGUAAGGAGAACCAUGGAUGGGAUGCCGGGACACAUUUGCCUGGAAGUUGACUGUUUGGCCUACAAAUCCUGUUGAAUGUAUUUGGACUUUGUCCCUUUUUAAAUUUAUAACUCAAAAGAGUGUUAGUUUAUUUAAACAAUAGGUUGGAACAAUUGCAGACAUAAUUUGUUUGUUGCCAACGCGUGUAAUGUUUGAAAUUAUUGCUUUCUUCUUCUACCAGUUAACAUUUGUUUAUUGAA